AUGACUUUCUACGAUGACAUUUACCCAUUCUACCCUCUACAAAGGACCUCCUUCAUCUUCAAUGGCAGCUUACUCACCAUUAUCCUGGUUUUCCUUGUGCUAGCCGUCGGUCUUCUCCUCAUUCUGCCAGGGAUACGAGGGAAGUCGAGGCUGUUCUGGAUGUUCAGAAUAAUUAUCAGCUUGUUCAUAGGUGUGGUGAUUGUGGCACUCAACUUCACUAACGACUGGGCUGAGGCCAGAGUGACCGCAAAUGCCACUUACAAGUCUUUCAGCAAUGCAGUGGUUAAUGCAGAGAUCGGCUUACAUGUUGGAUUGUACGGCAUUAAUGUUACACUCAAAGGGAAUCCUGUUGUACAAUUCAAUGAGACCAUUGACUACAAUGAGAUGUUCAGCUGGCAUGACAGUAUUGAAGAGGAAUAUGAGGAAGCUUUGGAGAAAGGUUUACCAAACCCCAUCCUGUACAUCCUAGAGAAAUUUACCCUCAGAAGCCCAUGUGGCCUCAUCUUUCAGUACAGAUACUCAGGACGAUACGCCUCUGCAACUCUCUGGACGGCAUUUUGCUGCUGGCUGCUCGCCAAUAUCCUCUUCUCCAUCCCAGUCAUUUUAUAUGCCGGGUACAUGAUGUGGGCAACAGCUGCCUUCAUCUUCUUCUCCAUGGCCUCCUUCUCCACCAUCAUGAAUGCGCCUCAGUGUGUUUUCUCCAUACAAAACGACUCCUUUGAAACUGAGUACAGUCAUUCAUUCUGGCUGGCUCUGGCUACAGGAGUGCUGUGCACCGUCAUUGGGAUUCUGGUGGUGAUGCUUAAUUUUAUGAUACCAGAGAAGAUAAAAGAGGCUUUCAGCGGUGGUGUCGACAGUUAUGAAGAUGAAGACACGUCUUAUGGCGAGGGCUACCUGAAUUUUGUAUACCUUGAUGGAGUGACAGUUUCACCCCUGACAUCAAAAGGCAAAUCGUGUCAGCUGAGAUUGGCUCCAGCUCCCCGCUACCCUCUAGAGGAUAAGCAGUAA